CAUUAAUUUACCUCUGUUUAUGCGAGUACACAGUACUGUGCACAGUACGAGUACAACGGUCAGUCAACUUAUCCACAUAAAUGUGACGGAGAUCUGUUUCCCAGGUGUCGCCAUUUCUCAGCUGUCAGCCAAUGGGUGGGUCAUGGAAUGAUCCCCACGCUUCUUGUUCCUCCUUGUGAGGAAUACUAGGCACACUCAGGUCAGCAAAUUGCCAUUGCAAUGCAUCAUAUAUUGCAAAUGAUUCAGAUCGACCCAGAUCCUUUUCAUUCAGAUCAUCAUCGGUACCUGAACACUACUUCGGAGGGUGGAGAUUCAGGUGUUCAGGUCAUUCGCAACCACAGGCGUCAGCCCCGCGCUAAACUCCCAAAUGGCGCAAAAGUGGGUGCUUCCCACGGCAUGUAGUCGGCAACAGGAAUCCGGGGAAAAGUGCAAUGACGAUUGGCAGAGGAACAGAAGCCUCCAGAAAUGACCUCGGAGUGGUUGGACUGGCACUGACUGAUCAUGCGAGCAAAACAAGUCGAAACUCUUCUCAUCAGAACUAGACUAGCUUUGAUAUCUGGCCUCUUCUUGACGCCCCUUGCAUUCAUCAUCGCCCAGUAGCAGCCACGCCUCAUCUCCCAUAAGUACUCUACUUCCGGAUCUCGCUCACCCUGACUUUCCCUCCAGCAACAGUACUCGACCAGCUCAAAGACCCAAUCACAACAUACCACUCUUCUUUCUAUCUCGCCAAAGCUAUCCUAGCUACGCUAUAACCCGUCAACAAAUAACGUGAGUCCUCCCCAAACCCAAUACAUCAGCGAUCAUCAUCUGGGUGGUCCGAGCUUCUUCCUCUCUUUGACGAGGCCUGCAGGGUCGCGUGUCUUUCCCCCUUCAACUCCAACUUCAUCUCAAUCAAAGCUGACUCCUAUCUCAAGCAACAAUCAACCACAACACUAGUUCCUGAAUCACUACAACCCUCUCAACCAUCUCCUACCACUUCAUUGCUCCAUCAUGACCCGUACCAACAAAGGAAACGACCGCAACCACAGCGCCCUGGCGGAUGGAACUGCUAUCGCUGAAGAGCGUCUCCCCCGUUAUUUUGCCAAACAUGGUCAUGUCGAUGCCGAUCCGAAAGCUGUCAAGAAACAAGGCGGUGGUAAGGGCAACUGGGGCCGUGAGGGCGACGAAGUUCAAGACUACCCAUACAACCUCGCCAACGCUCGUCGUCGGUCCAACAGCAGCACUCAAGCCCUAGGUGAUUUCAAGACCAAGUUCGAAGCCAUCGAGACCGACCCUGUCUUCGAGGAAGAGUUGCAUGGACCGACUGUCGAUGACAUCGAGCAAGCCUCCAACCUUUCUAAGGAAGAGAGCACUGACUCCAGCACUCUCGGAGGAAGUGUCGAUGAUGACAACAAGAUGUAAUACUACAAAAUCCAUUCGAGAUGAUCUCACUGUCACACUGUGAUCAAUCUCCUUACAUGGCGCUCAAGGAUGGUGCUUCACAAUGUACGCUGUGACAACACAGUGUGUGCUUUAAAUAACAAUGGAGACUACGAACAGGAAUGAUUCUAUCAGCAUGAUUAGCAGAGCAAGAACCCAUCCAAAUCAAGAAUUGCAGAAUCCAAACCUCCUUCUGUUCGCUGUUCGUGAUAUGGCUUGUUCUGUGUGAACCCCCAUUUCAGUCGUCCAGUGCGACUCUCAUGCCUCUGUUGCUGUUCUCCCAAAUCAGCACACAGUCCUUUUCUAUCCCACUGCUACAACUGUUGGAAAACGAGUUCAGAAAACGUGAACCAUGAUUAUCCGACUGUGACAAACUGCAAAGGCUGCCCGGUGUCGUAAGCUACUAUGUAUUGCGUUACGUUCAAUGGUAUUAAUACCUAAGUCCGACAGGUCAAGUUGGUAGUGUUUUCACUUGUAAUUCCACGCC